AUGGAGGUCGCUUUGGAGAAGCUACAGCGCUCAUCCGAGGGGAUGGCCCCCGAGGAGUUCACUCCCGAGCUGCAGGCGUUGCUGGGAUUUGCGUCUUGCAUGAAGGAUUGCGAGGAGACGCUAAAGGGGGGCCUUGUCCAGUUUGUGCGGGCUGUGGCACUGGGCGCCGAGGCGGCGGGCGUGGGCCUGUGCAGCGCAGAGGUGCUGACGCUGCUGAAAGAACGGCUGCUCAAGGCAAGUGCUGGACCCAUCAUCCGCAGGGAGGAGGACGGCAGCUACCAGGCGCACCGCCCAUCCGUCGUCUGCCCUCGCCCCACCCCCACCAACAUCGUGCAGCUGCUUGUGGCCGGCGUGUUCCUGCACGUCACCGGGAAUGCAGAGCCCGCCAUCGCUAUGCUGUCUGCGGCGCUCAGCGGCGUGUGGCCGCCCGCAGUCGAGACGCAGCGCCGCCUGGUGGCCCGCCACUUCAUCCCCUCUGUGGAGCUUGAGCCCGCGGGGCAGCAGCGCGAGGGUGGCGGCAGUGGUGGGGCAGCCGAUGGAGUGGCAGCUUCCGCAGCAGAGGCGGAGGAGGCUGGCGCUGCAGCUGGCGGUGGCGGCAGCCAGGUGCCUGCGCCAGAGUCCUCCGCCGCCGGCGGACAGCCUCCCAACGAGUUUGCCGCCGCCCUUGCCGAGGCGCUGAAGCGGCACUGCCCCGAGGUCUCCGCCCCAGACCUGCAAAAGAGCGCGCUGGUGCUGCGCCUGUUCCUGGGCUGCCGCGCGGUGGGGCAGCAGGCCGCAGCGGCGCAGCAGCCCGCGGCGCGGCAGCAGCAGCAGCCGCCGGGUGGUGGCGGCGGCUCUGAUGCCCUGCCAGGCCCGGGGUUCCAGGCCAUCAUUCGCACUCUGCUGCUGGACUGCCAGCAGCUGCUGGAUCUGGACCCGGCCUGCAUGCACGCCUACGUGUGGGCUGCCCAGCUGGCGCUGCAAGCCCGCUGGCCGCUGGAGCCCGCCCGCAUGGCGGCGCUGCUUCGGGAGGGCGCCCGGCGAGCCGCGGACGCACAAUGCUGGCUGGCGGCGGCCGAGGUGCAGCACGACCAUGCGCUUUGGCUGAUGCAGGGGGCCAGCGCGGAGCGCAAUGUGGCGGUGCGGCAGACGGCGCUGCUGGAAGCAGGCCAGCUUCUGGAGAGCAUAAAGGAGAUGGAGGGGCGGCUGGCGGGGUGGAUGCCAGAGGGGCGGCUGCAGCAGCUGACGGAGCGGCGGCAGCAGCUGGCCGAGCUUCAGCAGCAGCUGCGGGCCGGCAGCCUGCGCGGGCUUGGCGCGGCACGCGCCGGCUUUGCUGCCGCUGCCGCCUGCGCGUUUUGCGGGACGCCCACCCAGCAGCUGAAGAGCUGCGCAGCAUGCAAGGCUGUGGCCUACUGCAGCCGAGCCUGCCAAGUGCAGGACUGGAAGCAGGGCCACAAGCAGCUGUGCGGUGAGCUGGCUGCCGCCGCUGUGGCGGGAAAGCAGGCACCUCCUGCAGCAGUGGUGGGGCGGCAAGGCUAG